AUACAUUGCGUUUUUACUUGAUUAAUUGAAGUAGAUUUGCAUUACUGUGGUCUAAUGUAAUUCACUAAUUUAUAAUUAGUUGACGAAGAUUUGUGUUACUUGUAUGCCGUGGAAUUUCUGCAUUGUUCGUGUAAUAAAGCUAAACUUGGCAAUUAAUGACCUUCCUUUAGUAAUUAGAGAAGAUUUGUGUUACUUGAAUGCCGUGGAAUCUCUGCACUUUUCUCUAAUUCUCUGAUUUUGGUAAUUAAUUUACCUCGUUUUUCACGUCCUAUUAACUACGUUUUAAUGCUGAGAUUUUAGAACUUGCUGGUUUUGUGCUUUUUUAAGUUUUUUUGUACAGAUAUAUGUACGAGACAUUAAGUUGUAUUAUAUCUGACCUGGAAUUGUUGAUUUGACUACACUUGAGCCGAGGGUCUCUCGGAAACAGCCUCUCUACCUCCCCGAGGUAGUGGUAAGGCCUGCGUACACUUUACCCACCCCAGACGCACUUGUGGGAUUUUUCUAGGUAUGUUGUUGUUGUUGUAAUUGUUGAUUUGACAGUUUGAGGUUGAUAAUGGCUGUGAAUUUCAAUUGAUUGACACCCUAUAAUUCAGAGGAAUCUUAUGGAAUUUUCUGUGUUUGAACUUUCACCAUGAAGAAUGUAGGACCAUCUGUUUUGUAAUGGCACUAUAAUGACAAGUGAUUGGACAACAAAAAAGUUAUAACAAUCAAGGAAAUAAAAUACUUCAUUGAGAAACUGUGACUUGAUAGGACCUUCUAUAAGAAAAGGAUCUUCUUGGAAAUUCGUGCAAAUUUUUUAACUAUAGUUAAUGAACCCGAACUCCUGUACUCUAGUAGGAAAGCAGAUUGCUUUUUAGGGUAUAAAGGCUUUCCCAGAAUCUCAGUUGGGAUUGGGUAUUAUCAAUACUUCCAGGUUCAAGAUUUACUCAUUUCAUUUGAUAUUUCCAAAUAGUGGAAACUAGAAAGAAUAUGAGUGAUCAGUCUUUAUUGACUAAAGUAACAUAGUAUGUCUGUACAACAAAAUCCAUAUGAGGGAAGCUUCUUUACAGUCUAAGUUAUAAAUAGAGCGCCCGAGGAUCAAGCUGGUGACUUACUGAGAGUAUGGUGGCAACCCAAGAACUAUUAGCUAAUCAUACCGCGAGAGAAGUAAGAAUUGUAUGGAGAAAUAUGAACGGAGAAAAGGAUGAAGUAUUUGGACAUCACUUACCCUGCGACCAGCUGGGGCGUUGGAUGGAAGGCUUCUAGUCCGUUGCAAGUGAAGUAUGCUGAUGGCGAGUUGGAAAGACUAGAGCACAAGCUUUUUGUUGGUAUGCUUCCGAAGAAUGUUUCUGACCCUGAAGUAUCUGCUUUGUUCUCUCAAUAUGGAGUCAUUAAAGAUUUGCAGAUCCUCAGAGGUUCUCAGCAAACCAGUAAAGGAUGUGCUUUUCUGAAGUAUGAGAAAAAAGAACAAGCAGUUGCAGCAAUAGAAGCCCUCAAUGGAAAGCAUAAGAUGGAGGGUGCUACUGUCCCUUUGGUAGUCAAAUGGGCAGAUACUGAGAAGGAAAGGCAGGCCCGGAGGGCUCAGAAAGCUCUAUCUCAAGCUUCUAAUGCAUCUGACUCUAGACAUCCCUCUUUAUUUGGAGCCCUACCAAUGGGUUACAUGCCACCAUACAAUGGCUACGGUUAUCAGACUCCUGGGGCAUAUGGGCUCAUGCAAUAUCGCCUACCAUCAAUGCAGAAUCAGGCUGCAUUUCAGAAUUUAGUCCCACCAAUAAACCAAGCAAGUGCUGUACGUGGAGGUGCACCUGAUCUUUCACCUGGAAUUAGCCCAAGAAAUUAUCCCAUGUCGCCUGGAAGUUAUGCUGGAUCCGCUUACCCUGCUGUUCCAGGGAUGCAGUAUCCAAUGCCAUAUCCUAGAGGCGUUAUGAAUGCCAGACCACCAAGUGGUUCUCCCGGUUCAAUGCCCCCUAGUACGACAAACAGUCAUUCUGCAGCAUCUUCAAGUGUCAGUUCAAGUACAGGGGGUCAGGUUGAAGGUCCACCUGGUGCUAAUCUAUUCAUUUACCACAUUCCUCAAGAAUUUGGUGAUCAAGAGCUUGCAAAUGCAUUUCAGCCUUUUGGUAGGGUCCUGAGUGCCAAGGUUUUCGUUGACAAAAUGACUGGUGUUAGCAAAUGUUUUGGAUUUGUAAGUUAUGACUCUCCAGCAGCUGCACAAACUGCAAUCAGUAUGAUGAAUGGUUGCCAAUUAGGUAGUAAGAAGUUGAAGGUGCAGCUUAAAAGGGACAACAAACAGAAUAAACAUUAUUGAUAUGAACGGUGAGGUACAAAAGGAAAUUGUCACUUGCCAACUACUUGGGAAUUACUCCAUUGGCACCCAUUGCAGAGCAGAUCCAAAAGUUGAGCAGCAACAUGGCAACUCAGUGCUAAUUGUAGUUCCCCUAUGGGUUGAAGUCCCAGAAACUUGUAAUUCUUGAUUAGUUCCUCUUCCACUGUAAUUUGUAAUUUCUGUAUCAUGGAGUAACAUUUAGACAUUGAUUAUUUUAUUGAUUCUUCUCAAUUGACAUGAUCACCAUUAAGUGAAUGAAUUUCCUUUUUCUUGUCUUUUUA